AUGGCUGGUUCACGAGAAGGGACAGGAGAUGGAGAGGACAACCACGAAAAGAAUGCCCCCAACUUACAGGACAAUUGCGUCGAAUAUAGCAUCUUCCUCGUUGACCCCAAAGCCGCGAAUGAUCCACUAAAGCAACUUUCCCGACUCGAAGAUCUACGAAAAUCUGCUUUGCAACUCGCAAGCUCCCUGACUGCAGACUAUAUUUGGCAAAAGGGCCUGUUUACUCUCGACGUGGUAACAAAGCAGGGCAACUCGUUUCUACGAGGAACGACGGACUACGGGGAUGCGAUCGAGGACGAAUGGCUGAUUGUCUUCAUCCUCAGGGAGCUUUCCAAAGCUCACCCCACGGCAUGGAUCCGUGUCUUUGACGCUGAUGGGGAGUUUCUCCUCAUAGAGGCGGCCAACGUUCUUCCCAAAUGGUUGAGUCCUGAGACGGACCACAACCGCGUCUGGAUCAACAAUGGUCGUCUGCGAAUCAUCCCUCACACACCCGAGGACGGCGCCAAAACCCGGCUGUUGACAUUGUCAGACGCUUUGCGGGCCAUCAAGUCCACCGCUGAAUCUCUUUUGCACUCCGAGUUCAUAGAGGCCGAGGCCUUCUACCGCCUUGAAAAGUACCCUGACCAGAUUCGCAAGUCUAUACACCACUCGCUCGUGACGAUCCCUCGAAGACUUGUCCAUGUCUUGCGCCAAACUCCCAAAGCCGUUGCACCAGCUGUAGAGUCAUUCUACCUCCGCGAUGCGCUAGAUCUGAACGCUCUCCUGUCCAGCAAGAAGAGUCUUACUUUCCCCCCGGUUGAUCUUGUCACAGUGAGCGUCAGGUUUUCCAGGGUGUUGUUCGCUCAACUCAGAUCGCAAAGGUUCGAGCCUCCUGCACCGUGGACUGAUAUUAUCCAACGGGCCAAGGGGGUCGAGCACACACGUCUGGAGAUUGGCAUGAAACUCACAUGUGGAUUCGAAAUAAUGCUCAACAACGUUGAGAAGGCUGAUAGCCGUGAGGCCAGGGCGGCUAGCAUUGUUGUUGAGGAACUCGAGGAGGAUGGAGAUUCAGUGCUCCCUACGGACAAACAAAUCCUCAGCUGGAAGGAUGCCAGUCGCAAUGAUGACGAGUCCUGGAUGGACAUCAACUACGAAGACUUUGAAAGGGAGCUGUCGGGACGUCAAGGCGGUUCUCAAUCUCAGCCAAAAUCAAACUUUGGGGAUGCUACGACACAAGCAGACCUGCGCAAAAUCGUCUCCCGGUUCGAGGCCUUCCUCAACGAUGAGAAUGCAGGACUAGACGGUGCCGAGAUCGAUGAGAUGGACAUUGAUGACGACGACGAAGAAUCCGAGGGAGGGGAGACAGACGAAGAUGACGAGGAUGAAGACAAGGCGGUCAGCUUUGAUGAGGCGGAGUUUUCUCGUAUGAUGAGAGAAAUGAUGGGACUCGCACCCGCAGAGUCCGACGUUCGUGAUGUUCCGGGCAAAUCGCCUGCGGCGACAGAGAACACUAAGCCCGUCGGGCGGGGCGAGGAACCUGAUGACGAUGACCUUCGGAAGCUUACCGCUGCGUUGGAAGCAGAGCUCAAUGAGCACGGUGCUCUGAAGUUGGAUCAACCUCAAAACAGGGCCCUUAAACAGAAAAACCAAGGAAAAAAGGAGGCGUCUGGCCAGGCAGGCAGUGUACAUGAAACGAGCAAUGGUGAGGAGGAGGCAGACGACGAAGUUGACAUUGACUACAAUCUGGCCAAGAACCUCCUCGAAAGCUUCAAAGGUCAGGGUGGUAUGCCAGGUCCGGCUGGGAAUAUUCUGGGCAUGAUGGGACUCCAGCUACCGCGAGACGAGGACGACAGUUCAGGGCAAGGCAAACAGGAGCGAUAA